AUGUUGCUCGAAGGUGGGACGACAUUCGGCCCACAUCAAGUUGAAGCGAUCGGCCUGCGCGACAAGCCUGCGGUCAGCGCUCUGCCCCAUGUGGUGACGGCGAUUCCGCGCUUCCUGGACCCGUCGGGCGAGAUGACGCUGGCCAGGGCCUGCUCGCUCGGGUCGCUGAGGCUGCUGGACCACAUUUGGGCCAGCAGCUGCAUUACAGCGGAGGACCGAGCGCCAGGAUGGUCGCGCUUCAACUGGCUGCGAUCGGACCCCGUCUACUACCAGUGGCAGUUCGAGGAGUCGGUCAAGGAGGCGGCGCGCGGGGGCCAUUAG